GUCUUUAGCCGUCCCACGGCCCGUAAAAUUGGCCGCUGGGCAGUAGUUUGCAGCUUUGUUGCACGCGGCUCUUUAGAAAUACGCCGCGCGCCAGCACACAAACGCUCGCAGCGCAACUCGCUCGGCGACGCCCGCUUCAGGCAGCUAACCAACCCUGCCCGCCGGAGGCAGCCUAGCCAACCAUGGCCAUGAACUUAAAUAUGGCCGGUGGCGCCCAGGGCAUGAUGAAGGAAGGUAGCACGCUGGCGGACGGCGUCGACGAGGCCGUCUUGAAAAACAUUGGCGCGACUAAACAGCUCGCAAAAAUAGUACAGUCGUCUUUAGGACCGAACGGCAUGAAGAAGCUCAUCAUCAACCACCUCGGGAAGACUCUCGUGUCCUCCGAUUGUGGAACGAUCGCUAGAGAGCUGGAGGUCGUCCACCCGGCGGCGCAGAUGGUGUCCAUGGCAAGUGCCGCGCAGGAUUCCGAGGUCGGCGACGGCACGAACCUCGUCGUGUCAUUUUCUGGGGAGUUGCUCAAGCUAGCUGAGGAAUUACUUAGAACAGGUUUACAUACUUCUGAAAUAGUACAAGGGUAUGAAUUAGCUUAUGCGGAAUGCGUGCGAGUCUUACCAGAACUGGAAGUGGCAAGAGUGAAGAACGUCCGAGAUGCAGCCGAAGUCGCGAAAGCCAUCGAGCCCGUAGUCGCCGCGAAACACGAAGGCGUCGAAGGUAUACUCAGCAAAGUAAUAGCCGACGCAUGCGUCGCGGUCCUCCCGCCCGCGCCCGAAGCGCCCAUCCUGAAAGCCGACCAAGUCCGCAUCGCCAAGCUGCGGGGCGGCGACGUCGCGUCGUCGACGAUGAUGAAGGGCAUGAUCGUCAUGAGACCUUCCGAGACGACGGUGCAGCAGCUCGAAGAUCGAAGCAAAGUAGUAGCGUUCAAUUGUGGGGUGGAGAUGGCCACGACGGAGACGAAGGGUACCGUACUCAUUAGAACGGCGGACGAGCUCAUCAACUACAACAAGUCGGAGGAGCGGGCCUUGGAGGCGAUUGUCAAGGAGAUCGCCGAUUCCGGCGUCAAGCUAGUCAUAUCCGGCGGUUCGGUCAGCGAGAUGGCCGUGCACUUCCUCGAGAAGUACCAGCUCAUGUGCCUGAAGAUCACGUCGAAGUGGGAGCUGCGGAGAUUAUGUGGGGCUACCGGGUGUACGGCGCUCGUGCGAUUGGGCGCUCCUACUCCGGAAGAGAUGGGCUCUGUUUCGAAAGUAUCGACCAAGGAGCUCGGUGGUCGCACCGUGACCGUAUUGGAGCAAUUGGGAGAUGCUCAAACCAAAAUCGCCACUGUCGUUCUACGGGCCGCGACGGCGUCGCUGAUUGACGACCUGGAGCGAGCUGUCGAUGAUGGUGUGAAUGCGGUACGGAUGCUCUGCAAGGACCCUCGGUUGCUCGCGGGCGGUGGUGCGUGUGAAAUGGAACUCAGUAAAAGAUUGAGAGAUUACUGUGAGGCUUCUACAGGGAUGGACCACUACGCCCUCGCGAAGUUCGCCGACGCCUUUGAAGUCGUGCCUCGAGCCUUGGCCGAGACGUCGGGCUUAGAUCAAACGAAAGUCAUCGCUGAGCUGCGCGACCAGCACGCGGCCGGGGAUGCUACUGCUGGCGUGGACUUGGCCGCAACGUUGUCGGGCGGGGGCACGGGCGCGCCCGUGCGCGACGGCUACGCCGUCAAGGAGUCCGCUCUCAGAUUAGCCGUGGACGCGGCGGUGACGGUGCUCCGCGUCGACCAGAUCAUCAUGUCCAAGCCGGCGGGCGGGCCGAAGAAGUAGGUCGCGUGGCUUCCCUUUUGCUCUCUAACGUUACGUUUUCGAUAUACCUAGCAUGA